AAAUAUAAAUCAUUUUGAAAAUAAUAAAUCAUAUUUUUGAUGAUAUAAUUAUUUUUUUACAAAAAUAUAUAAAAUUUAAAUGUAUUUUAAUUAGAAAACUCAACAUGAUGAUAGAAAUCACAUUUUAGAGGUGUUUAGAAAAUCGGUACAAUCUCAUCUAUACCGCAAAUUGGUUAUAAUUUUUGAAAUUGGUUUAAACGACGUUUAAGUAUUUUUUUAGUAUUGAGUUUAGCAAUUUCUAUAAUAUUACUCAAAAUAGUUAGUAUUUUAUGUGUCUAUUCACAUUAUUUCUCACAUUGACCAGUUACGUUGAUAUUAUUAAUGCGUUAGUUCUUAUAACUAAUUAUCAUUGUUAAUAUUUACAAUUUUUAAUUAUUAUUAUGUUUUACUUUAUAUUAGUUUCUAGACAUAGUAAAAAGGGAAUCUUUUAAAAAUAUUUCUAAAACUAUUUGAUAUAUUUUUCUUUCUUUUGAAUUUCAGUUAAGUUGAAUCUUGAGAUUCAAAGCAUCUAUAGUCUAUCACCAUGAGAAUGCUGGGUUCAAAGAAGGAAAAAUCUUCAUCAACAACCAAAAAAAACAGAUUUUAGAGUGAAAGAAUGCUCAUCAAAUAACCAUAUUGCAACAGAAGCUUGACCAAAACGCAUAUGUCUCAUCAUAUUUGCUUAGCAAUCUCUCAGUAAUGUAUUGUCACAUAGCAAAAAUACAGUCGACUGAUUUUUCUCAAGGAUCCAAAUAUUUUCCUUGAUUUCUUAAAGGGUUCAGUGAGAAACAAACGGUUCCCAGAAAGUCUAUAAAUAUAAGUUUUGAUGCUUCUAGUCAUACUAAGAAACAAACGGUUCCCAGAAAAUUUGAGCAAGUUUGAGUUACCAUUUGGUAAACUGACCAUGAGGCACAUGCAGUGGCGGAGGCACUUAAGAGGCAUGGUGGUCAACUGACCCAUGUAAAGUCUAUAAAUAUAAGUUUGUAGGCAUAUUUUGCAUGUUGUUAUUAUGGUAAUUGGUAAAUUGGUUAAGAUCCUUCCUUUUGAUCCACAUGUCAUAGGUUCAGACCUCAUAGAUGUUUUUUUUGUCUAUAAUAGCUCUGCCACUGGGCACAUGAGCUCAAGUUGUCAUCAAGUAUAAAACGUCGAACCCAUAUAUUUCGUGUAGCAGUACUUGGUAGUUGGUAGUUGGUACAAUCGCUUCACUUAUUAUCCUCUCAAGAAGAAAUACUGCACCUUCUCUACAAAUUAGACUUGCAUAGACCCAUAGCAUGUUUGUGUAUGAGAUAACAUCAGCCCACCCACUUUAUUCCUCCACGUGAAACUUGAUUUAACAUCUGGACUGUCCUCUCAGCUUUCCCACGCUAAAUUAUCAUAUUCCUCGUGAGCUCAUCCGGAGAUUUACCAUCAGCCGUCAAUUUCCAUGCUAGCUGCAGAGCUAACCCGGGGAGACAUGUAUUGCUAAUCCAUGUAAAAGCGUUUUGAAAGUCGUUGAGUCCACUCCAGACUUCUUAUGGAUAUCUCUCGGGUGAGGCCAUAAGCUUCUUCUGUUAGGUUCGUCUUUGAGAGCCCAUCUAAUAGUGAGUAACAAUGUUGGAGGACACUUGUGUAGCUGCUCCAUUUCUCGGUACACUUCUGCCCAUUCAAGCCUCCUUGCAUCGCACAAACCUUUCAAUUGAAGAAUAUAUCCAUUAUAAAACUAUAACCAUACAGAUACAUGAACAAUUUUCUUUGCACGUUAAGAGAAGACAUCAACACACAAAUCAAAUUCUAAAGUUUAUGUCACUUAACCAAUAUACAUUUAUUUGAACAGUUCUUGGAUCUUUCUAAUUUAAAUUGUAUGCAUGAUUAGCUUUAAAAAUUAUUGAUUAUAUUUGAUCAAAUAAAGAAAAAGUAUAAAUGUAAAUAAGAUUUGUGUGGUCAUUUUGUCAUAAAAUAUCUAUUUAUUACUGGAAUAAUCAUCAGCUUAUAUGGUACAAGUAUACUACUCUAUUGAUGCACUUAACUUACAAAACAUCUUUAUCAUUAAAUAUACAUACCUUUAGCUGGCGGAAUCUAAAAUCUUACAUCUUUUGAAUCAGCACAAGACGUUUUCAUCAUUAACGUCAACUGAAUUAAGCUAAAAAUGUAUAUGAGGGAUAAAAAUUGGAAGUGUCGGAAAGUCGAAAGGAUUUGCUUUUCAUUACAGAACUCUCAUAGUUGUGCACGAGCGUACGUGUAAAAAAAAGAAAAAAAGAACAUCCCAUCUUUCUCUCUCCUCGGCCUAGUUCGAUUCACCUGAUGACGAUUAUCUUUUCUCACAUCCCACUUCUUCUGACCUCUCCAGAUAAAACCUAAAAUACCUAAGCAAAAAGAUUUGACCUUUCGUCCUCUCAACUAGCUUCUAAAGUGAAACAAGAAAGCUCUAGAAAUGGCGGAACUGCAACCAGCUGACAACAGUAAUCAGCAACCAAACGGCGGCGUCACUCCUUCGGUUCCUUCAACCUCAGCGGAAGCGCUGGCGAUCCCCGGCGGCGGAUCGAAACGACUGAGGAGACCAAGCGUUCGAUUAGGCGAAAUCGGCGGCGACUAUCACUACGAUCCUCAGUCGAGGAAACCGAAGUGGGCACCGACGGCGACGGGGAACAAGACCAAAUCGUCGACGAGGACUCGGGCCCUGACGAAUAUCGGAACCCUAGAUGAUGAAAACGUUGAUUCUUUUGGUGUGGUUGGGAGUUGGCGGGUCAAGAAACGGGUCGGGUCAUCUACAGCAGGUGCGGCGAAGCGGGUAAGCUCCAAUUGGGAAGAAUUGGAAGGUGGGUUUAGGGAUUUCAGUAGAGAAGAUUCAGAGAGUCCGGUAAAGGAGGAGUCUUUAGUGAGAGACCGUGGUGGUGGUGGUGGGUUUUACGGUAGAGAAGGGGUCAAGAUUUGGUUGCAAGAGUUAGGGUUAGGGAGAUACUGGCCUAUGUUUGAGAUACAUGAGGUUGAUGAUGAGGUUUUGCCUUUGUUGACUUUGGAUGAUUUGAAAGAUAUGGGGAUUACUGCUGUUGGCUCCAGGAGGAAGAUGUUCUCUGCUAUUCAGAAGCUUGGUAGGGAGUUCUCAUGAUCGUCGAGAGUUUUGAUCGGUUUAGAAGAAGAAAAAACAUGUUUUGUGUUGUUGUUGUUUUAGUUGGUGAGAUAGUCAGUCAUGGCAUUGUAAGCUUGCAAUGUCUGAAACCACGAAUGAGAGAAGCCUUUUCUUCGUUUUUGUUUGUUAUAGUAUUUCAUUCGACGAUUGUUCUUACCUUUGUUGCUGCUUGUUUCAAUGUAGAAUUAACUACAGUUAUAUCAGUAGAAGUAGAGGUGGGAAAAGAAGAAGAUGAAGAAGAAGUAAUGAGAAGGUUUUCUUUUACUCUUUUGAUAUUUCUCUCUACUUCUUUUGAGAUGUUUCCAUGGAUGGUCUCUUUGAUGAUAAUGAACUUGUUGAAUAGUUGCAGCUU